AUGGCGGAGGAUCUGGGGGACAGCGCUUUGCAAGACUUGGCGCAGCCAAGCGUUUUCGCCCGAAACUCCCCCAUGAGCCUGGCUGUGACUACCAGUGGUGCGGGGUGGGGUGUUGGCUGUUGGGUUUGCAGCGAGUUCAAGCCCGACAAGUUUGGGUCUACAUUUUCUCGUUUGGAGCUGACUUCGCGAGAGAGUUUGGGAAUUUCUGCCUUCAGCAAGCACUCUAAGUCCACUUCCCAUAUUUUGGCUUUGACCAAGAUGUCUGCCAGCUUGACAGGCGAAGCAGCCCAACCUUCAGGUGUAGUGUCUGGUCUUGGAGACAGUGUCCCACGGAUUGAGAAAUUCCACCUAGCAGGCACUGUUGUUUCGCGGCAUGAUUCUCACGCUGAUUUUGCUGCCUAUGUGCGCUCAGUCGCCUUGACGUCUUCUUUGCCCCAAAGCGGCGCUGACAUGUCCCGGCGGGUUUGCCGCCAGUUGAUUUAUUGUCUGGCCGAGCCUUUGUACGAGCAAGACGCCUUAGUGAUGCGAAAGGAUUUGCUGGACCAUGUUUGCGCCACAAUACAGGCUGCUGUGGCCGACGGGGGCCCUGCCGAACAGUCUGCUUUGACCACCUUGAAGCAAGAGCUGCUCCCGAGAGUCAACAUCAUCUCACGGGAUCGCUGCCACAGAACAAGGGGAAUCAUGAAGGCCUUGUGGGAGCCGAUGAGUCAGAUGUGCGGUGGUCUCUUGGGCUUGUUCACCACUGACCAGCAAUCGCUGUCGAGGAUGUUAAAGAAUUCCAGCAAAUACAGCGGCUUGUUCCAGAAAGCUCAGCUCGAGGAAGGUCAAGGUUUCUUCAAGACCGUGAAGAAUUUCAGCUUUGCCGCCCAGAGGUUCGAUUCUCUUUCUGCUCCCCUAAUCAAAAUCGUUGCCCUUUUGCCUUCCAUCCUCCGUUUCCUUUCCAAGCUCACUCAGCUUGGCGACGCUGACGAUCAGAGAUGGGCACGGCGAAUUUUGGAGGUGCUCACUUGUAGGGAAGGUGGGCAGCAUCUUGUGAAAGCUGCAAUGGUCGGUGAUGCCAUGCUCAUUCUCCAAAAAUUCUUGCGCAUGGAUGAUGCGGCUGACUCGCCUGUCAUCAUUAAAGCGCAGGAGGCGGGUUUUGUCGAAUACGCCUUAUGUUUUUGGCCGCGCGAGUUUCAGGUGUUGGAAGCUGUCCACACAAUGCGCGUGAUGUUUCUGAAGCACGGCGUUCUGGCAGCGGCUGGCAAAGAUACGCUCACUCAAAAAGCCUUGCAGAUCAUGCAGGAUACGGGUGUGCUUCACUAUUGGGAAGGAUCCCGGCAGGUGGCUGGAGCAUUUUCGAAGCCCCACCGAGCUGAUUUGGAGAGCCAUAGCCUAGCCAUCCAUGAUUUAGCCGCCAAAUUUUUCAAAACGCAAUUCCCGGACCACGAGCACACCAACAGCUUUGCUGCCUUAGAUUUAGAAGCCGAGCUCAGCUGGAGCCAAAGGAAGACUCUCGUUCAUGCUCUAGCUGUGCAGGAAGGCAUUCCCAAAGACGAGCUGUGGUGUCUUGACUGUGUCAGCAAAUUUUGGCGGGAAGAUGGUGCCAAAGUUGGCUUGUUCGCUCGCGCUUGGUGGUUCUUGGAGAAUCCAGCUUCAGCUCCUUCGUCAGCAGGCAAGCGCCGCAAAGUGUCUGAAAGAGGCCCUUUCGAGUCGAAAAGCGGGGUGGCCUGGGUGCAAACCUUGGCGGAAUUGAGGAAGGAAGCUAGGCAAAGUCGACAGCUAGCAGUGCAGGUCAUUGAAAAAGCUUUGUGCCUGCAGUGUGGCACAGCUACAGUGGAGCGCUGGCUUGGCGAAGUUGCUCAAACGGAGCUCAAGAAGAGAGCUCAGCAUCUCUGCAAUUGGAAUUUAGAACGAGCUAUCAAAUUGAACUUGCAGAGUUUGAGGGGGAGACGUGUUGGGAUGGCAUUUCAGCCAGAUGACCUUGUUGAGGGGCCUGUGUCUUCGGCUAGUCGUGUUGGUGGUGGGGUUCUUUUCAAAGCUAGUCGCUAUGGGUUGAGAGCUCAGCAAGUCUACAAGGAUUUCUUUGGAGAAAAACCUGCUCCCAGCCGAAAGCUUGAAGGCUCCGCAGACCGAUCGUCAGAGAAGCCGAAGCUGGGCAACUUGCAAACCCAUGACAGCAGGAAAAGGACCUUGCAGGGGGAGCUGAAGAGCCAUGCAGCUGCCGUCAAAAAUGUUGUACAGGAGGCCACCUCUGCUGCAUCCGCGCUUUCUUGGCAGCCCAUGGUUGCUGCUGUGAAAGAAGUUGCUUUAGCCCGCUGUGAGGCAGGCAGUGGCAAACGAUUUCGCUCAGCAGAAGACAGCGUACCAGGUUCAUCUUCUGACCGCAAAGGGCUGUUGCCAAGCGGCCCCCUCGCUGAAAUUUCGAGAGCUCAAGAUCAUGUGGCUGAAAAGCAGGUGGCCGUAGCAAAGACCACGCCUCCCGGCGACUGUGUGCCGUAUGUGGGCCCGAAAGGUGGUGUUUUUCUAUACAAAUUGCCUGCCCCGGCACCUACUGCUAGUUUAGCCAAGCCCUUGCCAGAGUCCAUCCAAAUCUUUCCGGCAAAUGAAGCAGUGCGCGUUCCGCACUGGAGGCGCUUCUCUCGCUCGGCCAAAGUUGCCGCCUCGGAUGUAGUGCUCCUGCUGGCACGUUUGUGGGGAAAGCGACUUGCAGACAAGCAAUGGUGCAUGACUAAGACAAAAGGUGGUACCUGCAUUGCAUUCUCCCCGGCUUUGCAGUUCCACCUUCACCUGUACUUGCACGAGUCUUUUGCCAUUGCCCGCCCAGAGUUGCAGACGGUGUUGCUUGAUGCAGUGUCUUCAUUCGCUGGCGCAAAUGCUCGCCAGCGCCUGCAUGCACACUUAGAAGAGUUCCCAGCAAAGCCAGCUUUUCCGCGACUUUCGUACCAAAUAGUUUCGCAGCCACACCUGGAGAGAGUUCAGGUGGAAGGAGGCAAGACUAGCCAUUUGCUGAAUGUGGAGAGACUGUUCUCUCGCUUGAGCGAAGUCCAGCGGACUUCCUGA